GUGAGAUAAAUUAACGUCUAAGUUUAAGUGAAGGUGUUAUCUAUACCUUAACUUCGUGGUAUUUUGAUGCCCAAAAUAAACCAGGAGGUUACAGUGUGUUAGCACAGAGCAUCAUCAUCUACAGGGUUGUUGCAGUAAGGAAUACGGGAACAUAGCGGCUGAGUUCAGCCUGCCAAGAAACCGAUCGGUCUACCUCCUACCCACUGAUCUCCAUCAUCAAAAAGUCCAGAAAGGAAACUUCAUUUCUCGAUCUCCGGAUCAGUGGAUACUUUCGAGCUUUUGGGAUUCUUCAUGAUUUAGCUGGAUACUUCAACCGCUGCACAAUAUUGGGGGACCAAUGACCCUUCAAUAAACCACUUUUGAUUUUUCCGUUGCCCCGUGAUACGAACACCUGGUUACCAUGACGACAACGGCGGGUGGAAAACUAGCCCAGGAGAUUCAUGAUGAGUUUCUCGUUUGUAAAAUCUGUCUUGAAGGCUAUAAGAAUCCCAAAAGUUUGAAUUGUCUCCAUACUUUCUGUGAGGUGUGUAUCCAGAAUCAUGCAGAGUCGGAAGGCUCCUACAAGAAGUAUUCCGACUACAGGGAGUUCACCUGCCCGUUGUGUAGAAAACGCACAACGCUACCUAUCGGCGGAGUCAAGAAACUCCCCGAUAAUUUUCUCGUCUCCAGCCUUGGUGAAGUUGUCCAGCGUCAACGACCCUCUAAGUUCCCCUUUUGCGACAUCUGUAAGAUGGUAAACCGGAAACACCGGGAAGCUGCCUCAAAAUGUCUGGAUUGCGCCAAGUUGCUUUGUAAGUCUUGCCUUGAGCUUCACAAGACCACUAAAGUGACGAAGGAUCAUAGCAUAUUCGAUGUCGAGAUAGAGAAAGACAUUGAAUGUAAGGAGCAUCAAGAUGAGGUGGUCAGAUUCUACUGUGAACCCUGCGAGACGUGCAUCUGUGUUCUCUGUACAUUCAACGAGCACAAGGACCACGAUAUUUCGAAUUUUCAAGAGUCCGUCAUUAAAUAUAAAGAUAACAUCGAGAACCUCCUUCGUACAUGUACUGGAAAGAUCAAUAAAUUUGAGGAACAGUUAGAAUCUCUUACUGAAUGCGAAGAGCACGUACAAAACGCCGAAAAGUUGAUCCAUGAUACUGCUCUCGAGUUCAUUUCGGAUAUACGCAACAGAGAGAAGUAUUUGAUAGAAGAGUUGCAUACCAUAUAUGGACGAGAUACCAUGGAGUUUAUAAAACGCAAAGGUGAAAUGGCAACAAAUCUAGAGGGACUGAAAAGUACAUGUAAUUUGACUGAAUUGAUCCUUAAAGGAAAAGAUAUAGAACUGCUUCUACUUAAGAAGCAAGUAUCCGAGAAGCUAGGCCAUCUGAAAGAAUUGAAGAUCGAAGCACUACCCGGGUCGGUAGGUAAGAAGGUGACAUUCUUCCCAGGCAAGCUGGACUUUGGCUACGUACAGGACCCAGAGAGACCGAUGCUCUCGCGACUGAGGGCCAAGAGAAUAACGUCCACAGAGAGACUGAGUGAGUCUGAUCUUAUAUCUGAGACGGCCACCCAGACAUGCAAAGAGGACCUAGAUGAAUCGUUUUCUGAUGAGGAAAGCUACGAAAGCGACAAGAGUGACGUAAGUCUAGCUGAAGUUGAAACACAAACCCAUCUCACCGCUAUAAUGCCCCGCAUCAAGGCCCUUGACAAGCCAUUCUACCCAUGCAUGGAGAAAGGCAUGAACACCAAUUGCCCCAAUAUGGAGGACAAGGCAGUCAAUACGAGGAGUCGGAGCCUCCAGAGCACGAGGAAGUCAACGGAAAACACGGCGGGUGAUCAAGAAGCCCCUACUCUUCCGAGGCAAAGGUCGCAUGGUUCAAUUACGAAGACGGAGGAAAUCAAAUCUGUCAGCUCUGCGGCGCAGUCUCUCCCAGCUAGCCCCAUCAAGAAGGAUUCUGGCAACAGGUCUUGGGGAGCGCAGUCAAGCAUGCAGAACGGUAUUAGACGUUAACUGGUCGGCCUUGCACAUAGAACACUCAUUGGGAAAAAGAUGAUGGACGCCCAUAAACAAGAAAAACCGUGUUACGUCGGUUAUCAAUGAUAUAGGCUAAUGGGUGAUAAUGUUCACUAUUUUAUCAAUAGAAAAAAGGAGUGCAGAGAUGCUCGAAAAUGAUGUACACAUCGCAACUCCAGUCAUAUGUAUGGCUACGUGUAUAUUAUACAUAAAGACGGGAGAUCUUAACCGUCGUAAUAAAUGAGUAUAUACUGCAGUCUCAUGUUUGGCUACA